UACGCAUGGUGUUUUUGUGCAAAUCAUGUUGCUGCUCAAGCUCCCUGUAUGAAUUGGCUCAAGAUUACCUAAAAACACAUAUUUCAGACGCUUUCCUUUGCAAGUAUGUAUCGCCGAACUGCAGCUUGCGCAUAUCGCUUAACCUCGCACUGCUUAGGUUUACCCUUAGGGCCUCAAGCUGCAACUGGCGCGGCCUCAGCUUGGUCCUCGCUCUUAUGCCAUCCAGCGACGCUUGCGCGAGCAGCCGCACCGUUCAGACCUGGGUUGCGGAGCUUCUGCAGUUUGGAUGUGCAAAAAGAGAUGGACGCUGUGAACGAGCUAUUCGCUGAGGCCCGUGAUGAGAUCGAGUUUGCCAAGGAGGAAGCAGAUACGGUGUACUUCAAUGAAAGUGUACGUACCGCUCGAAAGGCGGUGGAGGCGUGUAUGUCCCGCUGGGAGGCGCUGCUGAAGGGGCUGCCUGAGGAAGAACGCAACCGCGUCGUGAGGAGCAUGGGGCUCAAAAUCGCGCAGCUGCAGGCCGAGUACGACGAGGUCAGCAAGCUGCAUCUGGAGGACUGAGGGGAACGAGCGGUGGCCCCGUAGUUGAUCAGGGCGCGGACGGGAGCAUCUCCUUCCCCCACUUGACCCUCGGCCCUCCCACAACCCGCGUCAAGGUUGGCGUUGGAGGAUAUGACGCGCGCACACCCGCCCACCUCAACACAGACUCCCGGCCGAGGUCUGCGGUGCCCUUUCGUCCCCUUUCCCCGCUAGAGGAAGCGCGGCCUCCCCGCAACCUGCCCCAAUUCCCUUUCCUUCCCUAGCCCCUUUCCCC